CAGACAAACCGGGGUCCUCGCCGCUGAUUGGCUGCCGAGCUGCCUCCUGAAAUUCGAAUUUGAACGGAGCUUGUUUUUGUCCAGAGAGAGAGAGAUAGAGAAGAGGAACCGGGAAGAGAACCACACCGAACCGGAGAACGAAGCGUUAGUUCCGUCUCACCCGGCCCGUUCGUGGACACCGAGCCGCCUCGAGCCGAGCACCAUGGACCCCUACACCGAGAAACUGCUGGAGCGGACUCGGGCGCGCCGAGAAAACCUGCAGAAGAAGCUGGCGGAGCGCCCGGCGGCGGGCGGCGCCCGGCCCAUGGCGAAGCGCCCCCGGGAGCCUCUGGGAGAGACCAACAGCGUGACGGUCCAGGCUGCCGCUGACGCAGUCCUCGCGGCCCCCCAGGCCUCCACCAAGCCGUCCCCCUCCAAGCGGAAGUGCUCCGGGGAAAACCUCCAGCCCGCCGCCGGCGAGGAGAACCGGGAGCCGGCGGCGGUCCGACCCGCGGCCCCCCGGCUCUCAGACCCCCCCACAGACAAGACCCCGGCGGGUCCGUCUGGCGGCCGGCACUCCUCCACCCGGGCCGCCGCGCCGCCGGAGCCGCAGAGGGCGGUCCCAGCAGCCCCUGAGGUGCAGGAGGAGGAACCGGCCCCCCCGGCGGCCCUCAUGAGGUCCCGUCUGCAGCGGCUGGCGGAGCAGAGGAGGUGCUGGGACGGAGACGCCUCUGCAGAGGCAGCUGCAGACUGCCCCCCCCUGUCUGUGCUGAGCAGACCAGCUGAGGCCCCAGUGGCCCCCCCGGCCUCCUCAGAAGCCCCGGUGGGCAGGAGGGGCCGGCUGGCCCACCUCGCCGCCACCAUCGGGUCCUGGGAGGACGACCUGAGCCACGCCAACAUCCCCAAGGAGAGCCCCAAGGUGGAGCAGCAGACUUCAAGGUGGAGGGUUCCUGCCAAGGAGAAGACCCCCGCCUCUUCAUCCAGCCUCCUGAAGACCCCCGCCUCCUUCCCUCCUCCACCCAGCUCCACCCUGACCUCAGCCUCUUCAUCCAGCCCCCUGAAGACCCCCGCCUCCUUCCCUCCUCCACCCAGCUCCACCCUGACCUCAGCCUCUUCAUCCAGCCCCCUGAAGACCCCCGCCUCCUUCCCUCCUCCACCCAGCUCCACCCUGACCCCCGCCUCUUCAUCCAGCCCCCUGAAGACCCCCGCCUCCUUCCCUCCUCCACCCAGCUCCACCCUGACCCCCGCCUCUUCAUCCAGCCCCCUGAAGACCCCCGCCUCCUUCCCUCCUCCACCCAGCUCCACCCUGACCUCAGCCUCUUCAUCUAGCCCAAUGAAGUCCAAGACCCCGUCCACUGGUCCCUACACCUCCUGCAGCCCCCAUAAAGCUGAAGUGCGCCCCCAGGCACCCCACCAGGAGAAGCCCCACCAGGAGAAGCCCCACCAGGAGAAGCCCCCCUCCGGAGCUCCUGCAGCUGUCAAAUCCUUCCUGGAACGCUUCGAGGAGCGAUGUCAGGAGCGGGCCCUCCACCCACCACCACAGGCCAGGACCCCCGCCGGAGGGCCCGCCCAGGCCAGGACCCCCGCCGGAGGGCCCGCCCAGGCCAGGACCCCCGCCGGAGGGCCCGCCCAGGCCAGGACCCCCGCCGGAGGGCCCGCCCAAUCCAGGACCCCCGCCGGGACCCCCAACACCAAGCUGGUGCAGGAUAGGCUGAGAGCGGCCCAGAAUGCCAACACCAGUACUGCUGACCUGACUCAGAGACAGAAGCUGGAGCGAGAGUCUGAGCUGGCUCUGAUCAGGAAUCGAUUCCAGAAGGGAAACAACGUCUGGAGGAACAACGACCAGCAGCUGCAGAGCAAAGCCAGCUCAGACCAGCAGCUGGGACCGUCAGAGUCCAGCAGCACCGCACAGGAGCCGAGCGAGGAGCCAGCAGAGAGUGAAGAGAAAACCAGUGAGUCUCAGGAAGAACCCGAAACGCAGACGCCCUCCAAGACCACCGCAGGUCCCGCCCUGACGUCUCCUCCGGUCUCCACAUCGAGUCCUCUGAGGUCUACGGAGGACGAGGGCCAGGUGGCCAGCCGGGAUCAGACCAUCAACUCUGCCGUCAUCAGCCAGCUGUUUGAAGGAGUGCUGGACCAGACGGAGGAGGAGGAGGAGGAGGAGGAAGAUGCUCUGAACAUCUCCUCCAUGUCCCUCCUCACGCCGCUGGCCGCGGUGGUGAAGAGUCCGGAGAGAGGGAUGAUGACCUCCACCCCCGCCAACUCCUUCCUCCUGAAGAACACCACCCCGGACCGCAUGACCAGGCCCGGCAGGACCCACAAGCCCGUCGUGGUCGACAGCUCGUCCUCAGACAGCCUGGAGACCGGCGAGGAUGAGCCGAGGCUGCCGUACAGCAUCGACGCCUACCGGUCGACCAGGGUGAAGGAGACGGAGCGGCCGGGCAUCAAGCAGGUCAUCGUGAGGAAAGAGGACGUCUCCCAGAGAGCCGGCGAGCCCCGGGGAGCCGGCCUCCUCAACAUCAAGCAGAAGAUGAAGGUUCUGACCGGCGAGAUGAACCUGCAGCAGACGGUGAUCCACCAGGCCAGCCAGGCGCUGAACUGCUGCACCGACGAGGAGCAUGGGAAAGGCUCGCAGGUGGAGGCCGAGGCCGAGAGGCUGCUGCUGGUGGCCACCGAGAGGAGAGAAGCCCUGAAGUAUGAGCUGGAGCGCCUCCGCGGGAGGCCCGCCGCCCCCCCGGACCCCCCGGCCACCUCGGCCUCCAGGGGCUCCAUCAGCCUGCAGGAGCUCCGCCUGCCUCUGAAGGCCGACUUCGUCUGCUCCACUGCCGGCAGAUCGGAGUCCAAACACUCCUUCUUCAUCCUGAUCCGGGCUGGCGCCGAGCACACCGUGGCCACUCCGUUAGCCAGCACGCACCGCGGCCUGAGCGGAGACACGCUCACCUUCAACACCACCUUUACACUGGCCGACGCCUCCAGUGACUUUGAAAUCGACGUUGAAGUUUACUGUUUGGUGCAGAAACGUGAGCUGUGCACUGACAAGAAGAAGAAAACCAGCAAGUCAAAGGCCAUCACCCCAAAGAGAUUCCUCGCCAUCUCCAAAGCUGCUCAGACUCCAGUGGUGGCCAGUCCAGGAGGUCCUCACGCCGUGCGAACCAGCAACUUCGUCCUGGUGGGAUCUCACAAGCUGACUCUGUCCUCCAUCGGGAAGAACAAGUUUCCUCUGGAGAAGAUCAAAUGUGAAGGAAGUGAGAGAGCGCUGCUCAGUGACAUGUUUCAGUCCAAGGUCCCCUUCCUGUGUCCCCUGGAGGGACACGUCUUCCUCAAGCUGCAGUGUGAAGUGGGCUCCAAGGUGGAGGAGAGGGGCUUCCUGACCAUGUUUGAGGAUGUGAGUGGAUUCGGGGCCUGGCACAGGAGGUGGUGCGUGCUGUCGGGGUACUACAUCUCCUACUGGACAUACCCGGACGACGAGAGGCGGAAGGCAAGUCCACCAGCAAUCCCAUCGGGCCGCAUCAACCUGGCGAGCUGCACCAGCAGAGCGGUGGAACCGGCCAACAGAGAGUUCUGCGCUCGGCCCAACACCAUGGAGCUGAUCACAGCCCGACCGCAGAGGGAGGGCGACAAGGAGACGCUGGUCAGCCAGUGUGCCAACAACAUGUGUGUCACCACAAACUGGCUCAGCGCCGACACUAAAGAGGAGCGGAACCUGUGGAUGAAGAAGCUGAACCAGAUCCUGACGGACCUGCGGAUGUGGCAGCCUGACGCCUGCUUCAGACCCCAGUAACCCCGCUCCAGUAACCCUGCUCCAGGCCCCAGUAUCUCCAGUAACCCUGCUCCGGGCCCCAGUAACCCUGCUCCAGGCCCCGGUACCUCCGGUUUCUCUGCUCCGGGCCCCAGGCCCUCUAAGUUGUCCUCAGUAAUCUGGUGUUGUCAGUGCAAUAGUGCCGGCGUUCUGGGAGGAGGAUAAAGCCAUACGUGUGACGCUGGUGUUUCUGCACAGUUUUGGUCAGAGUGUUGAUCCUCAACACGCUGAGCACUGCUUCUUUUCACUUAUAUUAUUGGUGUUGAGCUGCAUGUAAAUGUUGAAUUAAAGCUUUGUACUUUAUAUAGAUAUAUUAGCUUUGACACGUUGCGACGGGACUUGUGAGUUCCUCGUUGCGGCGCACAGACUCUUGGUCACAUUUCAGUUUGAGGUUCAUUUUAAGUGUUACUGCUUCAGCUGCUCCUUUCACAUUAUUUCAUUUGAUAAGAAUUUGCAUGUUUUAUAUCCGAUGUACGUAUCGAGGAAUCAGCUCUCAGGGCCCCCAAGCUGAAAUCCAACAUUAGCUCAGUUGACAAUGCACAGU